AGGGAAAAGAUUAGCGCCAAAAGUGUCCUUGCCGAAAAUUUUGUCGACUGUCACUCUUUAAGACCUUGAUGACCGUCCGAUUGUUUUCUAUUACUGUGUACCGUUGGAUAUAUCGAGACAACGAGUCAAUUUCGUUUAACGCCACGUCACUAUAAUGACACCGAAUAAGAAGAGGACACGUCAUUACAGCUUUAAGAACUUUCCAGAGACGUUAAUGGCGUCCUCUAAAAAUGAUGAUCGAAUUCUCCAGAAACCCAUCUUUCGUCUAUAUAUUCAAAAUCCUCUCUCAACGAAUCUCAUUGUUCUUCAAUUUUCAGAAAAUUCAUCGCUCAAAUUUCAAAUUCUCCGUUGUAUUCCUCUCUCUCUAGAAUCAGCGAGCGACGAUGCCGAGCAGAUACCCAGGAGCAGUGACGCAAGACUGGGAGCCAGUGGUGCUACACAAAUCGAAACAAAAGAGCCAAGACCUGCGCGAUCCUAAGGCGGUUAACGCGGCGCUUAGAAGCGGCGUCGCGGUUCAGACGGUGAAAAAAUCCGACGCCGGAACGAACAAAAAAGGGAAAUCUACGGCUGCGCCGGUGAUAAACACGAGGAAGCUCGACGAGGAAACAGAGCCUUCCGCGAUGGAUCGCGUGAAGGCGGAAGUAAGGCUGGCGAUUCAGAAAGCUCGAUUGGAGAAGAAGAUCUCACAGGCGGAUCUAGCGAAACAGAUCAACGAGCGCACGCAGGUGGUUCAGGAAUACGAAAACGGAAAAGCCGUCCCUAACCAAGCCGUGCUCGCGAAGAUGGAGAAGGUUCUAGGAGUUAAACUCAGGGGCAAAACUGUAAAAUAAACAAAACGGCGUCGUGUAUAUGUUCCGGUAUUCUCCCUAGUCUCUCUUAUCAGCGAUUGUAGAAAAAAAAAUCAUAUAAUUUCGUAAAUGUUUAUUAAAAAAGAUUGACAAUUUUAUAUUUUAAUCGAGAAAUAUUCAAUUCUUUA